GUAGAAGAAGAAUCACCCCUGGUAGUCAAUCGCAGCGGGCCAUUUGAAACCGUCAACAAACUCGUAUUUUUUUUCGAAUUUUCACCCUUUCGCACCUCUUCUAUCAUGCUAAACAAAGCCCCGAGACUCAAGCAAAGAGUCAAAUCAAAGACAAAGGGGAACGUUAACGUGAGGCCGGCGUCCGAAGCAAUGAUGGAGCUCGUCACUCUUCUUUUCCUGAACAAUUUGGCCCAACAGGCGACGGCCAAAGCUUUUGAGGAGAAAUCCUCAACGAUCAGGGCUCAUCACGUCAAAGCAGUCGCCAAGAGGGUGCUGAAAAGUGCCAGAGGAUGAAGACCAUUCAUGCAUUUGUGAUCAUCAUUUCAGCCACCAUGAACCGUUUUAUUUUAUUUUAUUUUUUAAAAGGUGUUUUAUUGCCAUUUUCUUUGCCAAAGGAAAAUAUCUGCUUUUGUCUUUUUUUUUUUUUUUUUUUUUUGAAUUUUGUAUAUUAUAACCAUAAAUUGACUCUUCAUAUUCUUCAAUGGCUCGACGGCUCUUUUUUUUUUGUAGUGCAUUUUGUUUGGUGUACCACAUGCUUUCCAGUUAUGUGUUUGAGGAACUGCCCAAAAUUUUAUAUCAAACACAAAUGAUGCCCUUGAAAAUCUUUCUAGGAAUUGAAUAUGAAUUCCCACCAUGGGAUUGUAAAAUUGUGACUUCUUCUGUUCGUCAUGACCAUAUGUGGUGUGUUGACGGCGGUGAGGCGGCUCGUCGGACGAGCCGCCACUCCACUAGGACCGCGUCAGCAGGAGAUGAGGAUGGCCUCCGCAGCAGGACGGCUCCUCUGUCUCCCUGUCCUCCAGCCUGGGCACUUCCAGUUUGUCUAUGAAGGCCUGUAGUUCCUUCCUGAAGGCUUUCAUUUGGGCGUUGAUACGAUACAGCAGCUCGUGCUCCCUGAUCCGGCUCCCGUCGUCCUCACCGCCUUGCUCCAGUUCG